AUGAAAUCAGAACAGUAUUCGGAAACUUAUUCUCAACAUCCAUCAACUAUUGAAAAAUAUCAUAAACUUAAAAGGAUUUUUGGUGAUGCGCCCUCUUGUUUACCAUCAAAUCGUUUAUGUGAAUUGCUAUAUUGGACUUGUCGAAGGGUACAUUUGUGGUUUUGUUUUUAUAAUGAUGACGUGGAAAUAGAUAUUGAAGAUUUAUUAUCUAAUCCAUUCAAUACACAGCCUCCUUCGUUGAAUGAAUUAAUUCGCAUAACAGGAUUUAAUAAGGAUUGGAUUAUGUUUAUGUAUCGAAAUUUUAAGCAGAAUUGUUCAAAUGGACGAAUGUCGUUACAACAGUGGAGACGAAUAUUCCAAUUGAUAUUUCCCAAAUCAGCAAACACCAAAUUUGCUGAUCGAGUAUUUCGGGCUAUUGCUGGUAAUAAAAGCCAGAAAUAUAUUACUUUCGAGGAAUUAAUACUAUGUUUGGAUGGAAUAAGUGAAUGUCAUUGUACUUAUGCAUCGACAAGUUCUCAGAAUUCAUCUGCUCAUUUUUCACGGAUAGCACAAUUUGUUUUCCUGUUGAUGGAAUCAGAUGAUGAAGAGCAAAUAAAUUUGGAUUCUUUUGAAGAUUAUGCUGAAGCUGUGUUCAGUUUAAAUGUCUCAUCUGUGGUAUAUAAUUCACAUUUAUUUAGUCAAAUGAGUACUUCAAAUUCUUAUGAUGAUAAUACUCCGCCCAUAUCAUUUCAAUUUCCACCAAAUUUAAGGCAUCACGCAUUACAGUGUUUCAAC